AUAACGAUGCAAAUUAACACAUGGACGCAAACGUAUCUGUAAUUAGAGAGAAAAAAAGAGAGCGAGCAAACUCGAUCUGCAUGUUUUCUAGAUCCCAUAUCAUAUUCAAGAAAGACACACCCAUUUAACACCCUUACUUCUUGAAAUCAAAAUCUAAUUAAAAAAGAAAAAGCAAGACCCCUCUUCUUGUUCGAAGCCAAUCCUUUUCUUUUCGUGUUUUUUUCCGGGUCUCAUUUCUUUUUAGCGGUGUUGCUGUUUGCGAUGGAGAAGAAGGUGGUGGUAGCUGUUGUAUGUGUGGCUGCGGUGGCCGGGGCUGUCGCGGCGGCAUCAGUUGUGAAAAGGAAAAUGAAGAGGGACAGGAGAUGGGCCAAGGCAAUGGAGAUGGUGAAGGAAAUGCAGGAGAAAUGUGGAACUCCGAUCGGGAAAUUGAAGCAGGUGGCUGAUGCCAUGGUUGUUGAGAUGCACGCUGGCCUUGCCUCUGAAGGUGGCAGCAAGCUGAAGAUGCUUAUCAGCUAUGUCGAUAAUUUGCCUUCUGGUGAUGAGAAAGGAUUGUUUUAUGCGUUGGAUCUUGGUGGAACAAACUUCCGUGUAUUGAGGGUGCAGUUGGGGGGGAAGGACGGUGGACUUGUUAAUCAAGAAUUCACUGAGGUGUCAAUUCCACCAAAUUUGAUGAUUGGGACUUCAGAUGCACUUUUUGACUAUAUUGCAGCAGAACUUGCAAAAUUUAUUGCUCAAGAAGGUGAAGAGUUUGAACUUCCUCCUGGUAAACAGAGAGAGUUAGGUUUCACGUUCUCAUUCCCUGUCAUGCAAACGUCCAUUGCUUCUGGGACCCUUGUUAGGUGGACGAAAGGCUUCUCUAUAGAUGACGCAGUUGGCCAAGAUGUGGUGGCAGAAUUGACUAGAGCCAUGAAAAGACAAGGCCUCGAUAUGCGUGUGUCAGCUCUGGUCAAUGAUACGGUUGGAACACUAGCGGGAGGUAAAUAUUCCUACAAGGAUGUUGUUGCUGCUGUGAUUUUAGGUACUGGAUCUAAUGCUGCGUAUGUGGAACAUGCACAAGCAAUACCAAAAUGGCAUGGUGAUCUGCCAAAAUCCGGCGAGAUGGUUAUAAACAUGGAGUGGGGUAACUUUAGGUCAUCUCAUCUUCCACUAACUGAGUAUGAUCAUGCAAUGGAUAAUGAAAGUUUAAAUCCCGGUGAGCAGAUUUUUGAGAAGUUAAUCUCUGGUAUGUACUUGGGUGAAAUAGUACGCAGAGUUCUACUAAAGAUGGCUGAAGAAGCUGCUUUUUUUGGUGACAUUGUUCCUCCAAAACUCAAGAUUCCCUUCAUACUGAGGACGCCUGAUUUGUCAGCAAUGCAUCAUGAUUCAUCCUCCGAUCUUAUAUUGGUUGACAAAAAAUUGAAGGAUAUCCUAGAGAUAUCCAAUGCCUCCCUUCAAACAAGAAAGGUCGUGGUUGAGCUUUGCAACAUUGUUGCAACCCGUGGGUCCCGUCUUGCAGCUGCUGGGAUCUUGGGUAUCCUGAAGAAAAUAGGAAGAGACACCGUCAAAGAUAUGGAUGAACAGAAAACGGUGAUAGCCAUGGAUGGUGGAUUGUUUGAGCACUACAGUGAAUACAGCAAGUGCUUGGAGAACACCCUCAAUGAAUUGCUUGGAGAAGAAGUGUCGAAAACCAUCUCGAUUGAGCACGCCAAUGAUGGCUCAGGCCUUGGAGCUGCCCUGCUUGCUGCCUCACAUUCACUGUAUCUUUAAGUUGAGAAUUGCUGAGAAUUGACAGAUCAUAAUCGGCUUACCUUUUGGUUUCAGUAGAAAUCUCUGAUGCCAAACUUUCCAUUCAUUUCAAGCUCAGUUAUUCAUUUUUUUCUCUUUUUUAUUUAGAAGAAUUGUUAUCGUCAAUAUUUUACGUACACCUUACAAAAUGUGGUACAGGUGGAUUGAAUAUGUAAAAAAAGCAAGACAUGGAGGUGGCCAGUAUUUUCUGAUUCGACUUGUACUUCCACCUGUUCUUUCUUGCUGAUGUUUACCAAUUCUUUUGGUGAGAAUAAUAAACUGGUGAAUUCAAGCA